AUGCCCAGCAUACUGGACGAAAUCGUCGCCAAAAAACGUGACGAAUUGGCCGCGUCGGUUGCCAGCACACCCAUGGCCGCGCUCCGCGAUAUGAUCUCCAGGCGGCCAACCGCGCUGGAUUUCCCCGGUGCGCUGCGCAAGGACGGCAUCAGCCUGAUUGCCGAGUCAUCACCCGACAGCCAUUUUCUGGGCGAACCGGCGCAUCUGACGGCGGUGAAGGAAAGUGGAGCGUCAGCAGAUUUGCCGGUGUUGCGCAAGGAUUUUAUCUUUGACGAGUACCAAGUUUACGAAGCGAGGGCGAUUGGCGCUGAUACCUACCUGCUCAUUGUUGAUAUUUUGUCCGCAGCGCAACUAUCCGAACUGAUCGCCCUGGGAAAGUCGCUGGGUAUGACGCCCCUGGUCGAGACUCACGACGCCGACGAGAUUGCGACCGCGGCAGAUGCUGGCGCCGAAGUCAUUGGCAUCAACAACCGCAACCUGCACACCUUCGUAACGGACCUGGCUACGACGGAACAACUGGCGCGGUUCAUCCCGGCCGGCAAGGUUAUCGUGAGCGAAAGCGGCAUCAGCACGCCAGACGACCUGGCGCGGCUGGAGCCGUUCCAAGUCGAUGCGGUGUUGGUCGGCGAGGCGUUGGUGACUGCGGAAGAUACCGGAGCCAAGGUGCGUGCCCUGUCGGGCGUUGCGCUGCCCACGGGUCGAUAG